AUGGCUGCAGAAAAUCCAAAUGAAGGCAAAUCCCUUGCGGACCGGAUCACCAAGCCGGACGCGACCCAAGAGAGCUCGUCCGCUGGUAUUCCUAAUGUUGAUGGCGCAAGCGAAAGUCUCGGGGGCAGCAAUCUCCAGGAGCCAGAGUACGAUGUAGAGGUCAAACUCAGCGACCUGCAAGCCGAUCCUAACAACCCGUUGUUUUCUGUCAAAUCGUUUGAAGAUUUAGGCCUGUCGCCGAGCAUUUUGCAGGGCCUCUAUGCGAUGAAAUUCUUGAAACCGUCCAAAAUCCAGGAGCGCGCUUUACCUCUGCUCAUGCACAAUCCUCCUACGAACAUGAUCGGACAGUCUCAGUCAGGAACUGGGAAGACAGCAGCCUUCACUCUCAACAUAUUGAGUCGUUUGGAACUUGACACAGAAGAGAUGCGGAAAACACCACAGGCAUUGAUCCUUGCACCAAGUCGCGAGCUGGCUCGUCAGAUUGGAGGCGUCAUUAGCGAAAUGGGAAGAUUCGUGGAAAACUUGUCAGUAGGAAUGGCCGUUCCCACUGAAGGCAAGAGGCCCGCGCGAUUGGAACAUGCGGUGGUGUGCGGAACGCCUGGUACCGUCAUGGAUCUUAUCAAGAAACGCGUCUUGAUUGUGAACAAGCUGAAAGUUCUUGUUCUUGACGAAGCCGAUAACAUGCUUGACCAACAAGGGUUGGGAGAUCAAUGUAUUCGUGUCAAAGGGUUUCUGCCGAAGACCAUACAGGUAGUGCUGUUCUCUGCUACUUUCGACGAUCAAAUCCGCUUAUAUGCGGCGAAAUUUGCUCCUAAUGCGAAUGAAAUUUCGCUUAAGCAGGAAGAACUCACCGUGGAGGGUAUCAGACAGUUCUAUCUCGAUUGCGAUAAUGAUGAUGACAAGUACAAUGUACUUGUCAAGUUCUACGGGCUUCUUACAGUUGCAUCUUCAAUCAUUUUCGUGCAGACUCGCCAAACUGCUGCUGAGAUCGAAAAGCGAAUGACUGCGGAAGGCCACACAGUAGCAUCGUUGACCGGUGGCGUUGAGGGCUCUCUGCGUGACAAGAUCAUCGAUGACUUUCGUGAAGGCCGCGCAAAAGUGCUCAUUACUACCAACGUUCUCGCCCGUGGUAUUGACGUUUCAACUGUUUCCAUGGUUAUCAACUAUGACAUUCCUCAACACUUUGCCCCCGGCCAGCCACGCACCGCAGAUGCCCAAACAUAUCUCCACCGUAUCGGCCGUACCGGUCGAUUUGGACGUGUCGGAGUAGCCAUCUCGUUCGUUUCGAAUAAGGAAGAAUGGCAAAUGUUGAUGGACAUCCAGAAAUACUUCCACACAACCAUUGAAGGUAUCAACACUCGCGACUGGGAUGAGGUAGAAGCCAUGGUCAAGAAGAUAAUUAAAAACCCUCGGGCUCGAGGUGACUUCCCCAUGUCAACUGCUUGA